AAGUGCUACUGGAUUUCCGACGGGAUGAACCCUUGGAACAAGAGCCGGGAGGACUGCGGGAAUCGGGGGUCCGCGCUGCUGGUUCCGUGGGAUCAGGACGAGCUGGAAUUCCUAAAUGAAAGCCUGCAGAAACCCACCCGGAACUUCUGGAUCGGCCUCUCGGUGCCUGUGGCCGGGACGGGCUGGACAUGGGAGAACGGCUCCUACCUCGACCAGGACCGGUUCCAGCUGGACCUCGAGAAGCGACCUGGAGCCUGUGGAACGCUCAAGGGGAAUGGGAUCUACCCUCAGAACUGCCACACGAGGCUGCAGUGGAUCUGCCAGAAAGAAUCUGCCGAGAUCUGAGCCUCCACUGCACCCCGAAACCAGUAUUAAUGCAGGAAAAAAACCCAGUUCCCGCGGGGAUGGGCAGAGCCGCAGCCGGUGAAAGUCUCCCCGAGGCGGG